UUCACAAACACAAAAAGGUACUCGUGAUUCUAUUUAAAGCGAACCUUUAGAACAGAGAGAAAAGUGUGCCUAUAUGUUUUCACGCAUUCAGUGCCAGCCACAGAUACAAAUCGUUGCGUGUGGUUUAUUGUUGGGGGAGAAGAACAAUAAAGUGGAGACAUUAAAACCCUCAAAAGGGGUAUUUCAGAAACAAGAUUUGGUAGGAGAUGGAACACCCAAACUAUAAGGUUGUCGAAGCUGCUGAUGAUAACAAGGAACCACUUAAUGACUGUGCCCUUGCUCGUUCCUUUUCUUUUUCUGAGUCUGAAUCUGAGUCUGGAAUUUCAAGUGCUUCGUGGUCGGAUUCUGAUUCGUUUGAAGAAGUUACAUCCUCUGUUUCUUCUUCUUCUUCUUCGACGGAUCAAUUCGCAACAGAACCUUUGAAUGAUAUGUCUUCUUUGAUUCAACAACUCCCUGUCAAGAGGGGGCUUUCAAAGUAUUACCAGGGAAAGGCAGAGUCUUUCACUUCAUUGGAAAAAGUGAGGAGCUUGGAGGAUCUUGUGAAGCCAGAGAAUCCAUACAAUAAGAAGUUCAAGUCUUGCAGAAGCAACAAUGGAGGGGUAAUGGGUGAGUCUGAGAAAGCAAAGUGCAGUACUUCUUCUUCUACCAAUGGUGUUAUCUCUAAGCAGAGUUCUAAAAGAGGAAGUGAGAAGUUAAUGGUUAGAAUACCUCCAAUGGUACCUCGUAGAUCUUCUACUGCCACCACCCUUCCUAAUCAAACUGUUUUGUUUGUUUGAAAGGGGUGGAAGAAACAACUUGGGAUCUAAUGGUUUUUUAGUUCUUUUGGUAGAUUAGUAAGUUCAGAGUUUUGGUUUUAGAAAUUUUCAGUCAUAAUCUUUAAAAAUGUAAUAAUUAGUGAUAUGUUGAUUUAAUUAGUUUUUUCGUUUUUUGUUCUCUCAAAGAAAUCGGAUAAGAAGCUUAAGUUAGAACAUCCACUGUGAAUAAAAUGGUUAUUAUAAAAGA